AAUUACUUUUAGUCCUUUCAUUAGGUAAGGUUUGGAAGAACAUGCUGUACCAACGAUGUUACCAAUGAUAUUAGGGGUGAAACAGAAUUUUUUAAUUUGUCUAUAAAGUUUGUCAGUUGUGUUGUAAUGACUGGGACGUUUGAGAUGUUAUUUGGUUGAAGGUUUCCUGUGUGUCAUUUGGUCUCGUCAACUACUGAUCCAGAGAGACAGGUUAGUUUCGAAUUAUCAAAUCCCUUUAAUGUUCUAUCAACUGAAGUUGAUGCUCUAUGUCAUAAUACUAAUCAAGCCAGUGCAGAUGUGAUCUCGCAACCUACAACGAUCUACGUAAAAACACCUCCUCAGUUGCGGUGAGCGGUUGGACCUUAGUCUGCCUUUCAGUUGAGCGCUACUACGCCAUAUGCCACCCUCUCAGGUCGCGGGCAUGGCAGACUCUGGAUCAUGCAUAUCGUCUCAUCGCUGCCAUCUGGUUUGGCAGCUUCCUCGUUAUGUCACCGAUUCCAGCCUUCAGCGAAAUUAUUCCGAUCAACAACGGGCAUAAAAAGUGUCGGGAGCGGUGGCCAACCAUAGACUACGAAAAAGGAUACACCAUCCUCCUCGACAUGCUCCUUCUUGUUGUUCCUCUUAUUGUACUCGUCACAACUUACUCGAUGGUGGCGCGAACUCUUUGGAGAGUAAUCAAGAAGCAGCCUCCCCAGGGUAACGAGAACAACGAACACAAAAAGAUAACGUGGAAUCACAGCUCGAGAAGGGGAAGCCCGAACCUCCUGAGGCGUUCAAACACAGAGAAAGCACUCAAAAAGAAGAAGAGAGUAGUAAAAAUGUUAUUUGCUGUAGUCUUGGAGUUCUUUAUAUGUUGGACUCCCCUUUAUGCCAUUAAUACGAUUGCUCUGUUCGCUCCAGCGGCUGUCUACGAAAGACUGGGCUACAAAGGUAUUAGCUUCCUUCACCUUCUUGCCUACUGCUCUAGCUGCUGCAACCCGAUCACAUAUUGCUUUAUGAACUCCAGUUUUAGAAAGGCCUUCCUCAAGCUGUUUGGCUGCCUUCGAGAAGAGAAGAUGAACAGCUGACAGUCAAUAAAGCUGAGCUGCAGUAGAAAUAGCAAGGGUCUGCAGAGGCAAGGAAACAUCCAAGAGACAGAAUUCAACAGAAACCAAUUUUAAAGAAUUGUUCGUGUAAUCUUCAGCUUGGAGUGUUUAUUCAAGUCUGGCCUGGAAAUAAAGAUGGUACUGAAUAAGAGAUCGUAGGUUUGUAUUUUACGUGAGCAUAAGAGAAUGAGAAAAUCAUGUCGCAACGUAGAAGUACAGUGAAACUCCUUUUGAACAGCAAAGAAAUAGCUUCUUUAUUUAUUGCAUAAAGCAGCCUUUUGAAUAUUUUAAAAAUGUAAUAUAAUUAAAUACAGAGGAGAAAAACAUACAUUAUGUAUUGAAACUUUAUAAAUGAAUAAUAUUUUUUAUGGUUGGGAAGUUAUUCGGGGUUGAAGUCAGAGAGCGCACAC